CGUCCGUGCAUCCUCGCGCGCCGCUCCUCCUGCGACACCACAGCUGCGCCGGCCCGACCCACACGCCUGCUCGACCGCGCCCCCGACCGCCUCCGCCGCCGCAUACGCAGUACGCAGUCCGGUGCGCGCAGCGCUGUGUGCGGCUCGCGGCAUCCCCACCUCGAACGCGGCCAGCCGCAGCAUGUGCGCGUUGCAAGUAGCAUGACGUCCAGCUCGAAGCGCGACUCCGUCUCCUCCAACCUCCCCGCGCCCGGCAGAUCGUUCUUGUCGCGACUGAAGUCGCCCCUGUCUUCCAAGUCGCGCAACUUCACCGACUUCUACAUCCAGUCCGACGACCCGCACCGCCAGUACGUCCCCGGAGACAUAAUCAGCGGCACCGUCAUCAUCAAGGUCGUGAAGCCGCUGCGCAUCACCCAUCUGGUUGUGUCGCUGCACGGCUACGCGCAGGUCUUCAAGAAUCCAAAUGCGCCUGGCGAUGCCUACAAGACCUACUCGGCGACCGUGGGGUCCGGCAAAGGCAAGAAGCAGGGAUGCUACUUUGGCAAUGGCUUCGUAUCACUUUUUGAGGACGAGGUAGUCCUCUGCGGCGAAGGCAAACUGGCCGAAGGCGUCUACCAUUUCAACUUUGACCUGGAGUUCCCUUCCAAAGGCUUGCCAAGCAGCAUUGACUUCGAACGUGGCACAGUGUGCUACAUGCUGACCUCCACUCUGACCCGGCCGACCACAAUGUCGCCCACAACCACCUGCGAUGUCAAGGUCACGCUCCGAGAUACCAUCGACGUUGCGCCAAUCGCAGAGCCCAAGCCUCGAGUCAUAUCCCUGGAACCUAUCUCGCGACGAACGCGAAAUAGACCUCCUCGAACACGCCCGGAGACUGCAAGAACGGACAGUGUCCCCCCUACACCCACUGUCGCAGACACUCCACGACUAGCGACCAAAGCCGAGUCUCAAAACGGAACGCAUGAAGAUACCGUCACUCCUCGUAGUCCGUCCCCAAGUGAAACAAGCUUUGCGAGCCAGAUGAGCAGCAGUGGGGCUUCAGGUACAGAAUACGGAGUUCGAUCUGUGAACACGGUCACCGAUGCAGGCGGUUUCAUAGCCGCCAGCCGAUCAACGGGCAAAGGGAAAACCAUUACUGCCACAAUUGACGUUCUGAAAGGCGGUUUUCUCAGUGGCGAUCAAAUCCCCAUCAGAGUCACUGUUAACCACAACAAACAUGUCAGGAGUCUGAAGGGUGUCAUUGUUACACUCUACCGCCAGGCAAGAGUGGACAUGCAUCCUGCACUGCCCAUUGCGUCAAGCAGCAAGGGCGACAAGAUGAGAACAGAAGAAUACUAUCCAAAAUCUAGGACAGGGCUCGGUGGUCUUUCCUUGUCAUCGGCAGGCUCAAGUCAUACUUUCCGCAAAGACUUGGGACAAUCGUUUGCACCAUUGUUCGUCGAUCCCAGGACACUUACAGCAGACAUCAAGUGCUCGGUCAGAGUGCCGGACGAUGUGUUCCCCACAAUCUCGAAUGUACCCGGCGCUAUGAUCUCCUUCAAGUAUUAUGUCGAAGUUGUUGUCGACAUCCAAGGGAAGCUCACUGGUCUGGAUCGCAUGGUCUCUAACGCUGGUGUAGUCACCGUUCCAACGUCUACAGCAAGCACACCAGGCGGCAUGGGUCGUGAUGAGUCCGCAAGUAACACGUUCUCGACGUGGGGUGGAAACUUCGUUGACACAGACGGCAUCCGACGUGAGAAAGGGGUAAUCUCAUCCAUUUUCGAAGUUAUAGUGGGUACAAAAGAUAGCGAGAGAAACGGUAAGCGGAAGCAGACCCAGAAUUUGCCGCCAAACGGCCACAACGGCGUUCACGAAAUACCAUACGGAUCGUAUGACGACCAAAACGCAUCAGGCAGUUACGACCAGUUUGACUACGGAUACGAUGAGCAUGGUCAAUACUACGACUACGGAUAUGAUCCCGCGUACUACGAAGUUCCUGGUUACAAUGAUCGUGGUCUGGACGCAGGCCAAUCGUACCACGCGCCACCUGCACCAGCACAGCAGGAGGAGGGUCUCUCAGAGAAGGAGAUCCUGCGACGAGCAGAAGCCAUGUUAUUACCAUCGCAUCCACCUGUUGCCGCUGAGGGCACUGUGACACAGGCUGGGUUGCAACACGGCAUACCCCCAUCUGCACCAGUGCUCCCAGAAGAUGACGAUCCCGAGCAUCCAUAUUUGCCUGAGGUGUCAUCUUCAUCCACACCUUCUCAUCCUCCACCACCGUUUCGCGUGUCAACAGAGCCCUCGAUAGGUUUCCGUACGCCCAUCCAGUCCUCAUUAAUAACUCGUCGAACAACUGGGCCCAUAGAAGAAGCGCCACAGACCCCUGCCACUGGGUCCUCACUCACCAUCAACGCGAACCCGACACCAUCUGCUCCACCAACGAAUGGCGUCGAUGGCCACUCCAAACCCCUCCCACCGCUUCCAUUGCAAUCCCCACCAGGCGCGACUCCAGAUUACUAUCCCUCGUCUUCACAUGUCCCCGCUACAGACGACAAGCAAGAAAUGCAGCGGCGGAGGUUGGAAAUGGAGAGCAGUGCGCCACCCGCUCACGAGUCGUACGAGCAAGGCGAGAGCUCACAAGAACCGUCAGCGCCUCCGGUAAACGGCAUAAACGGAGGGCAUUUUGCUCCUGGGCACCUUGCGCCUUCGGCACCAAUGUUGGACGAGGAUGACGAGGAAUUGGCGGCAGCUAUCACGCCAGUGAGGAGCCGGGCUGAAAGGCCGGUCAGUGAGGCGCUGCCUCAAUAUCGGAGAUGAUAAUAAUUGAAUAGCAGGGCGUUUUUGGCGACGUGAAUAAUCAUCACGGACAGGGAUGAUUUAUUGGUCUUGAGUUGGAAAUUUAUGAUACCUCAU